GACAAAAGUAAAAACGAUUUGGCCAGAUUUUAGUUUUUCCCAAAUACCUCAGUAUAUGACUAAUCUCUGUGUAUGCAUUGUACGCAAUUUAUUUAAAAAAAAAACAUAUGAUGUCAACCCUAACACACAAGUUGAGUAUGCAAUGCUAACCUAGUUUGCUGCACAUUUAUGCUAUUCCCUCAGAAGAGUUGGAAGUAGACCUAAUUUCCACUUUGGAGACACUUGACACCCACGUCACAUCACUAAAACACCAAAGCACCACUGAGACGCAAUCGAGAACCCUAUAGUGAACACCACUACUAAAAAAAAGUAGAUAAACCGAAUAGAGCUCUGCACGGAGUUGUGAACGCGUGGACAUUCCGCUGCGCCGAUGGUUGCCGAGAGACUGAAGCGUCCGAGUGGUGUACCUCGCUGUUGUUGUGCAACGGUUUCGAGAAAAAAUUCGCUACAGAUAGUCUAGUAGAGUAUAUUUCAAUAGUUGUCUUGUGUGGCCUUGUUAUUUUUACUCCCAAUAGCAGAUUUUUCUUAGUCAACAAAUAUUUCGCUCGGACCAUUAAUUUUACCCUCGUAUUAGACUCCGACUCGUUACGUAACGAGUAAGUGCUUAUAAUCUCCAGUGAGUAAAUCUACAGAGUAUCAAAGAAUAGAAGAGCAGUGUCUCCGAUGCACGUAGAACACAACAAUAAUGUCAUUAUUCCUAGAAGAUGCCAUACGGGGUGUUCCUACGGAAACACAGACCCAUAUUGGACUACUGGAAAUCGAUUUUACCCAAAUAACUUUUAAACAAUUCAUCGAUUUUGAUGUCACAUAUAGUGACUUAGUAACCGACUGGAUUCUGACAUGAUGGUGUUAGUAGAAGGCAAUCAACUCAUUCAGUACAGCAUUGCUAUUUUUUCACAUCGCCCAGAAUUGUUAUUUUUGGAAAUCCAGUACCUUUAAACUGUAGAAAUGGUGACGAAAAAAUAGAUCGUUUUGGAGUAAAAUACUUUUGUUACUGUACAGUUCAACAAUUUUCUACUAGAUCCCGACUCUGGUUCCGCCAUUUCGAAAAUGUAGUAAUAAUCCUGUUACCGUAUAAUCAGCGAACCUAAAACCUACAAUAAAUAUAUAAAUUUUCAUGGAGUUUUAGGUUUUUGUCAUUUUUUGAGGAUUGACUGCAAUGUAAAUUGAUAAGACCAAGACAGGACAUUUUUUUUAGAACCGUGAUAUUCUAUCGGAUUAAACAAUUUAUUUAAGGUAAGAUGUAUAUAAAAGCCAAGCAAUCAAUAAUAAUUUAGCAAUAUGACAAGUAAUUGAGUCAUAUAAUUUUUAGCCAGUAAAAGCACAUGUAUUUACAGAUCUUCUUUACUGCAGUAAAGGUUUCAAUCAUAAAUGUAUUAUCGACAUGUAAACCACAGGAUAAGUUUCAGUGUUACAAUAACUGGUUAUACCUUUGCGUUGAACUUUACUUUUCUUUACUUUUGAACGGUUCUCUAAAUUUGGUGACAUCCUCUUUUCAGAUGAGGUUCAUUUUCAUAUGAAUGGCUUUGUUAAUAAACAAAACUGUCGAUACCGGAGUUUGGAGCUGCCGUUGUUGAACAUCAAAAGACUACAUUACCAAAAGAUCAGUUUUGGCAGCAAUAUAAGCUACAUAUUUAAUUGGGCCUUAUUUUCUUGAAAACGAUCGCGGUCAUGAUAUAACUGUUUACUCAGAAGGUUAUAUAGGGGAGGGAUUUUUUUAACACAAAACUCAAAGAAUUUGAUGGAUAUAACUCCAUGGCAUGGUUUCAGCAGGACGGCGUCCCACCUAUCUCACGUGACAGAGUAAGCGUAGGGGUCGUUACCUAUAGAAAACGGUCCCUUGAAAAAGUGAUAUCGAAAAGGGGUGACAAAUAGUGGCCAGCGGGUAGAGUUCGUUUAGUGAUAAUCCAAUAAUUAAACUCUUAUAACCUACUUUCAUCCACAAUGUAUUAAAUUGAUCUAUUUGUUGUCGAAGUAUUGAGAUUACUGUCUACUGAACUAUAUUAUGACCUCGUGUGAUAAAUCCGUAAUUCUUGACACUUCUUGUUUCUGUUCACGACAUUUGACAUUGACAAGUUAACAAAAAUAGGCGUAAAGGCAAUUAUUGGAUAAAGAAAACAAAUUUUUUGAGGAAAACUGUGAUAAAACAGAUUAUCAACUAUGACAGACUCAAAAUACUUCACUACCACCAAAAAGGGUGAAAUAUUUGAGUUAAAAUCCGAGUUGAACAACGAUAAGAAGGAAAAGAAGAAAGAGGCUGUUAAGAAGGUUAUUGCCUCAAUGACUGUAGGAAAAGAUGUUUCUGCUUUGUUUCCGGAUGUUGUGAAUUGCAUGCAGACAGACAAUUUGGAGUUGAAAAAGCUGGUCUAUCUCUACUUAAUGAACUAUGCAAAAUCUCAACCUGAUAUGGCAAUUAUGGCAGUUAACACAUUUGUGAAGGAUUUGCCCACCUCACAGCUCAUUAAGGAUUGUGAAGAUCCAAAUCCUCUGAUAAGAGCAUUGGCGGUAAGAACAAUGGGAUGUAUCAGAGUAGAUAAAAUUACUGAGUAUUUGUGUGAACCAUUGAGGAAAUGUUUGAAAGAUGAGGAUCCUUAUGUAAGGAAAACUGCUGCAGUUUGUGUGGCUAAGUUAUAUGACAUUUCAUCUGGUUUGGUAGAGGAUCAAGGAUUCUUAGAGCAGUUGAAAGAGCUGUUGAGUGACUCCAAUCCAAUGGUAGUUGCAAAUGCAGUGGCAGCUCUUUCAGAAAUCAAUGAAAGUAGUCCCACUGGCCAACCGUUAGUUGAAUUAACAACAAAUACCAUCAAUAAACUGUUAACUGCCUUAAACGAAUGCACCGAAUGGGGGCAAGUCUUCAUUUUGGAUUCUUUGUCUAACUACACCCCAAGAGACGAGAGGGAAGCCCAGAGUAUUUGUGAACGUAUCACACCUCGUUUGGCUCAUGCAAAUGCUGCUGUUGUGUUGUCUGCUGUCAAGGUGCUCAUCAAAAUGAUGGAGAUUCUAGCAGGUGAUACAGAAUUCUGCAAUACUUUAAGCAAAAAACUGGCACCACCUCUAGUCACUUUACUGAGCUCUGAACCUGAAGUUCAGUAUGUGGCUUUGAGAAAUAUUAAUUUGAUUGUUCAGAAGAAGCCUGAUAUUCUCAAACAUGAGAUGAAGGUAUUUUUCGUGAAGUACAAUGAUCCAAUCUAUGUGAAACUCGAAAAAUUGGACAUAAUGAUACGUCUAGCCUCCCAGGUGAACAUAGCUCAAGUGCUCAGUGAACUCAAAGAAUAUGCUACAGAGGUUGACGUUGAUUUUGUGAGAAAAGCAGUCAGAGCCAUAGGUAGAUGUGCUAUCAAAGUUGAACCAUCUGCAGAAAGGUGUGUGGCAACACUGCUAGAUCUCAUCCAAACCAAGGUCAACUAUGUUGUGCAGGAGGCUAUUGUGGUCAUAAAGGACAUAUUCAGAAAGUAUCCCAAUAAAUAUGAAAGCAUCAUUAGCACAUUAUGCGAGAAUUUGGAUACUCUGGAUGAGCCCGAAGCUAGAGCGAGUAUGGUUUGGAUUAUUGGAGAGUACGCAGAAAGAAUUGAUAAUGCUGAUGAACUCCUUGAUAGUUUCUUAGAAGGAUUCGCGGACGAGAAUGCUCAAGUUCAGCUUCAGUUGCUAACGGCUGUAGUAAAGCUUUUUUUGAAACGGCCCCAGCAUACCCAAGGUUUGGUACAACAUGUCUUGAGCUUGGCUACACAAGAUUCUGACAAUCCAGAUUUAAGAGAUCGUGGAUUCAUCUAUUGGAGAUUGCUGAGUACAGAUCCAGCAGCAGCAAAAGAAGUGGUUCUAGCACAUAAGCCGCUGAUUUCAGAAGAAACGGAUCUAUUGGAGCCCACAUUGCUAGAUGAGCUGAUUUGCCACAUAUCAUCUUUGGCUAGUGUCUAUCAUAAGCCACCAACAGCUUUUGUUGAGGGAAGAAGUGCAGGAAUAAGAAAAUCUCUGCCUGCUCGGCAAGGUUCCGCGGAUGACGCUUCUACCACGCAAGAGGCUACAGUGAUUCCUAAUCAAGAAAGUCUUAUUGGAGAUCUUCUGUCUAUGGAUCUUGGAGCUCCAGCACCUGUGGUUCCUGCACCUGCCGUUCAACCUACUAGCAACGUCGAUUUACUUGGUGGUGGUCUAGACAUUUUGUUGGGCGGUCCAGAUCUGACAGGGGGUGCGACCCCAUCAACAACAGGGCUGCUGGGCGAUAUUUUUGGCAUUCCAUCCACACCAGCAAUGUAUACACCUCCAAAAGUAUGUUGGCUGCCUGCUGAAAAGGGGAAAGGCUUGGAAAUCUACGGCACUUUCUCUAGAAAAGCUGGACAGAUGUAUAUGGAUAUGACAUUUACUAAUAAGGCUAUGCAGGCAAUGACAGGUUUUGCUAUCCAGUUUAACAAAAACAGUUUUGGUAUUACACCUGCUUCUCCACUUUCAAUUCCUCAACUACAACCUGGUCAAAGCUUGGAAUAUUCUAUGGCCUUGGCUACCACGGGACCAGUGCAGAGGAUGGAACCUCUUACCACCUUGCAGGUUGCUGUGAAGAAUAACGUGGACGUAUUCUACUACGCCUGUCAGAUUCCAUUGCAAAUUAUUUUCACAGAGGAUGGAACGUUGGACAAAAGGGUGUUCCUUACUACAUGGAGAGACAUCCCUAGUGCAAAUGAGAUGGCACCUACAGCACCUGCGGCCAAGACGGAAAAGAAAAAGCCCGGCGAGGCUACCAAGAAAAGCAAGAAAUCUGGUAAGCCUAGAAACUAUGACUUGGGCAAUGGAGUCGUUAGAUUUUCAAGAUCUAGAAUGUACCACAAGAAGGCCCUUUACAAGUUCAUUGGCAAGACGGUAAAACCUUCGAAAAAGUCACAGAAACCGCGCGUUAUCGAAAAACCUAUUGGAGGAGAUAAAAACGGUGGAAAACGUUUUGUUUUGGUUAAGAAGAGGAGGGCAUACUAUCCUACUCAGGAUAAGAUCAAGCCAAGGCCAGCAAAGAAAUGCUUCAGCCAACAUAAACGUAACCUAAGAGAGACAAUUACCCCUGGUACAAUCCUUAUCGUGUUAGCUGGUUCUCACAAGGGCAAGAGGGUCAUCUUCCUGAAGCAACUGCACUCUGGACUCCUCUUGGUAACAGGGCCUUUUGGAAUCAAUGCCUGUCCAUUAAGGAGAAUUAGCCAGAGGUAUGUCAUUGCCACAGCUACUAAGAUUGACAUCAGUGGUGUGAAACUCCCAGAACAUAUAAAUGACAAAUACUUUGCCAGGAAGAGAGAAAAGAGGGCAAAGAAAGAAGAGGGAGAUAUUUUGCAAACCAAAAAGGAGGGAUACAAAGUGAGUGAGCAGAGGAAAACUGACCAAAAGGAAGUUGAUACCCAGAUCUUGGAGGCAAUCAAGACACAUCCUGACCGCAAGCUCCUGAAGAUCUACCUUUCAGCAAUGUGGGGACUUAGGAGUUCGCAAUAUCCCCAUAGAAUGAAGUUCUAAGUUAAGAGUUAAACCAGAGUUUAUUUAUUGGAAAUUUGGAAUUUGAAUAAAUAAAUUUUGGAUGUUAGACCUUUUUUUGUAAUUAUUUUAAUACAUG